UGAGAGGAGGAGUCCGGUCCCUUCCGUUACAGGAAGAGACGGUGUGAGGUGGAAAUGUGCGCCCUGCCUCGGAGAGCUGAGGGGGAGGGGCGGACGCAAGUCUGUGUGCAGAGCCGAACCGUGUCCGGUACCGUCAGUAUUAUGGUGACCAGAAAUGAAAUCUUUCAACUAAAAUAUUUGAACUGUCCUGAAACUGCAGAAGGGAAUAUUGGAAUGAGCAGUCACUGCGUAUCUAAUAGGACACUUGUACAUAUUGAAGAAGAAUUAGAAACUGAUGAGGAAGAAGUGAUAAGGUUUGCGUGUCGGGAUAUUUCAGCUACCAGCAAUGUACGGGAACUAUUACAUGAACUGAAUGAAGACACCUCGCAUCCAGUAAUAUUGGAAUUGUUGCACUUGCUGAAAAGGUUUGACCUAAUCAAAAAACACUAUAGGAUGACCAAAGUAGAAGCAGAAAAAUUAUUAAAGAAAACAUCCAAGGUCAUUUCAGAUUACAGGUAUUUUGUGAUAGAUCUCAGUGAGCAAAUUGAAGAACGUGAUUUGGAAUCCCUUGUGUUCUUGUUAAAAAAUGACUUGAAAGGAGGGAAACAAAAAAUUAAGACAUUCUUGUCACUCAUAGUUGAACUUGAGAAGAACCAAUUAAUAACACCAAGUAAUUUAGAAAUAUUAGAAAAUGUGUUCCCAACUAUUCAAAGAGUCGACUUAAGAAAUAAUAUUCUUAAAUUCCUUAAAAAAGAUAAUGCAAAUUGUGGUGGUCCUUACAUCAAUGCCCACCCAGCAUCAGCUUCAUGUUAUAGAAGUAGCUCUGCAUCUUCCGUAAUGAUUCCACAAUUACUAGGUAGCAGUACCAAAGAUCCACUGCCUGUACAAGAAACUCUAUCACAGUUUGGAGUACAUGACGAAAGAUAUCCUGUAAGAAAGGAGAGCUUGGGCUUCUGUGUUAUCAUUGACUGUGUUGGGAAUGAUGCAGACAUGAUACAAGCCCUUUUUAGAUCAAUACAUUUUGUUGUUCAGUGUCAUUUGUAUAAAAAUGUGGCUGAAGUAGAAGAAAUUCUUCAUGAUGUAGCGAAUAUGGAACAGCAUAGAAACCAUGACAUUUUUGCCUGUUUUAUUAUUAGCCGGGGGAGCUCAGACUCUCUUUUCUGCUUAGAUGGAGAAUUGCCUGGUCUCUCUUUAGAAAGAAUUAAGAAUGUUUUCACUGGACAAAAAUGUCCAAACCUCAGAGGAAAACCCAAACUUUUCUUUCUUCAAAAUUAUUUUGUCUGUGAUAUUGAGGAAACACAAGAAGAAAGUUUUUUAGAAGUGGAUGGUCCUAGAGAAGAUGCUGCAAUUCGCCAGCGGAUUCAAAACUAUUCCAGAAUACCCAAUGAAGCAGACAUCUUUUGGAGUCACUGUAGAGUGAAUGAGUUGGAACUGCAAAGGUCUUCCGGCUCUACUUCUUUAUAUCUGAGGUCACUGAGAGAUUUAUUAAAUGAAAAGGAAACGAGGAAACAUCGAGAUUUACUAGACAUUCACACAGAGCUCAACCGUAUUAUCUAUGCAAAGAAAGCUGGGUACUCUUUACAGUUGAGGCAUACCCUCACAAAAAAAUUGUUUAUAUAUCCUGCUUAAAAAUCAGCAUAUUAGUUUCAAUCUUAACACAACUGAUUUAUUUAUAUAUUUAUUUAUUUAUGAGGUCAAAAAAUUAAAUAUAGUAAGACAUGUCUUUACACAUGUUUAGUAUGAUAAUGGAAUACAGAUUUUUACAUACUGAGGAUUUGUAUCAGAUGAAUCAUGGCUAUUUUUUGCGCAGUAACAUAAUAAUAUUAUGGUGUUGUAAACUGACAACCAGUCACCAGAGGAAAAUAAAGUUUUGCUAAAACUUUAAGUCUAUAAACCAUUGGGAAAUUCUUAGGGGGCCAUUUAAAAUCUGAAACCUAUUUUUUACAAUUUGAUUAAAAAUGAUCUACAUUUUGUAUCACCUGUUAAACUAUAACACUCUUUGCAGUGCCUCAUGUGAUUAUUGUCCGAAUGUAAAGACUUCUCGUGGAUGCCAACCUUUGCCCCCAGUAAAGUUGAAAUCACAUGAGCUUGUUAGAGUUAGGAGGUAUUCUUUUCAGAAAGCAUGCCAUAAAAUUAAAAGUCCACAUAGUAAUGAUGGAAAGUAUCAAUGUUUUAUGCUAUGUUGUUUACAAACAUAUUUGCAUUACAUUGCUGUUUUUUUUAUGAACAGAGAACCAAAAAAACAGCCUCUUCAAAAGUUAUCUUUCCACCUCUAUUUUGUGCUAUACAUACCCAAUGCUAAAAAAUUCAUUUUUUUUAUGGUUUUUAAAUUUGUAACUGAGAAUAUUAAUGUAGUUCUAAGUGUCAUGUAGGGUCACACAUUUGUUGGAGCAGAAUACACGUGUAAUAUGCCUAAAAUCCCAUACAAUUUUCUUCAGGGAAAAGAAUCAUGUUCAUUGUUGCCUGCAUUACACCUUCAGUGCCUCAACUGAAAGCAAUGGCAGUAUUAAAAAAAUAUAAACAAAAUACUCGUCAAAUAUGAACAAAAAUAAGCUUCAAAACCACUUGCAAAUUUAAAUAAAGCCUCUAAAAUAUAUAUGCAAAACAGUCAUAUUUCAGAAGUGUGUCUGCUUAUAUUUUACACUCUAUGAAUUCGGCCUAAGGAGUUUCCACAAGAAAAUUUUGCUUGCGGAUAUUCCAUAAGUGGGAUUUCCCUAAAGUAAAACCCGCCAGCAAAAUAUAUUGCUGCCCAUUGACUUCAGUGGGUCUACAUUAAAUCCGCAAACAUAAUUUCCUCUGCAGAAAAGCCAAAGCGAAUUAUGUAUUUGUGAAUGUAACCUUAAGGUAGAAUAGCAAUAGGGACAAAGCUGACUGACAUCACAUUACAAUAGUGAUGCUUUGUUUCAUUUGUGUAUUUAUUUUUACUUGCAAUACAAGAGUCCUAUAUAUGCUAAUAUAUGGUCAUUACUACACAUUCAAGGCAGCACUGAUAUUUAUUUAGACUUGUGUGCAUGAUUUCACAUUAUCUUUUGUACUUCAUAUAUAAGCUGUAUUGUUAUUAUAUGUAAUUGUGGUACUUAAAUUGUAAUUAUGUUGAGGUAUUCAUCUGUUCUCCGUUAUCCUAACAGGGAUCCUCAGCUGAAUGGGUAGUGAAUGAGGGCCACUGUCAAGGCAAAAUAUGUAUAAUAUAGUUUUGCAUAAAAUAGUCAAGGAGCCUUUCAAAUCAUUCUCAUUCAGCCAGUAUCAUUGACCAAUAUUCAUCUAAAUCCAUAUAUGGUAGCUAUUUAGGUUAUGGCAAUAUACAGCUGCAUGCCAGCUUUAUAUGAAAUAAAUAGUAAGAGAAAUCCCAUAUGAGACAUCUCAAAUGGUAUUUCUCUUACUAUUUAUUUCAUGAAAAGUUGUAUAGUAGAGCUAGGUGGAGCACCGAAUGCAAGGGUGAAUUAUUUAAGGUUCAUCUGAAAACUUGGGAUAAUUAUUUCAACACAACUAAUACUUUUGUGGUAUUCAGGUUUACGAACAGGAAAUUUGCAGAUGGUCUGUUUGUUUGUAAGUGUUACAGGAUUAAUUGUAAGUCUAAUUUGAUUGAUAUUGAAUGUAUAGGUUGCUGCACAUAAGAUUAAUAGAAUUGGGGUCGGUGUUAAAGGGGUUAUCCAGAAAUUGAAAAACUGAGCUAAUUUCUUUCAAGAACCGCUCCCUGUCUGUCUCCAGGUUGGGUGUGGUAUUACAACUUUGCUCCAUUCACUUCAAUGGAACUGAACUGCAGAACCAUACCUCACCUGGAGACAGACAGGGAGCGGUUUUUGAAAGAAAUUGUAUCUAUUUUUUUAAAUUCCUGGAUUAACCCUUUAAUGCUGACAUAUCAUAAAAUAGUCCUUUAUUUGCAUAUAUAAUAAUCACAUAUUAAAUAUAUGGGUUACAUAAUUGAUAAUAGUUCUGCAGAGUUUCAAUUUAUUUUUUUGGCAAUAUUUUAGAGGUUCACUUAAAACUGUAAUGAUCUUAAUGAAUUUUGGAGUAAGGAAGAAAGAGGCCUAUAAGUAGAAAAGAGGGAAAAACUUGUGAAUUUACCAGAUUUAUGGAAUGAAAAUAAGAUUAGCUAAGCAAAUGUUGUAAGUAGCAAGUCAUAUAUAUUAUGUUAAGUAUGUAAAAAAGGUAUGUUAUUCCAUUUACAUCUAAAGUCAGUCCUUAAAUGUGGAAAAAACAGUUUAGAAGCUUGUACAUAGAAAACAGGGACUGUUAUACCAGUGCAACCAGGCUGCAAACCAGCACAGUAUCAGGAAUUAUUACUCUUACAUAGUGCAAUGUAGGAUGUUGAGCACCAAGCACAACAGCAAAAGGUAAGUGUUUCUUUUAUCCUAAAAUGCACUGAAGUCCGACACAGUGGUGCAAGGGGACAGUUAUACUUCUGCAAUCUGAGACCUGAUGUAAUGUUCAUGUAGAAAGUGCUAUAAUGUGAAAUAGAUGCUGUUCAAAGAGAAAUACCGUAAAUAAUCCAUGCAGUGACCUAAUUUACCAGCUUGUCUGGGCAAAUUGUUCAGCAUUUAACAACUGUGGCUAAACAUUGGUGUCAACUGAUAUUAAAAGGUCAAAUAUUAAAGUAUUCUAAUAUUAACCCCUUAAGGACGCAGGACGUAAAUGUACGUCCUGGUGCGGUGGUACUUAACGCACCAGGAUGUACAUUUACGUCCUAAGCAUAACCGCGGGCAUCGGAGCGAUGCCCGUGUCAUGCGCGGCUGAUUCCGGCUGCUGAUCGCAGCCAGGGACCCGCCGGCAAUGGCCGACGCCUGCGAUCUCGCGGGCGUCCGCCAUUAACCCCUCAGGUGCCAGGAUCAAUACAGAUCCCGGUAUCUGCGGCAGUGCGCGAUUUGAAUGAAUGAUCGGAUCGCCCGCAGCGCUUCUGCGGGGAUCCGAUCAUUCAUAACGCCGCACGGAGGUCCCCUCUCCUGCCUCUGUCCGGCUCCCGGCGUCUCCUGCUCUGGUCUGUGAUCGAGCAGACCAGAGCUGAAGAUGACCGAAAACACUGAUCUGUUCUAUGUCCUAUACAUAGAACAGAUCAGUAUUAGCAAUCAUGGUAUUGCUAUGAAUAGUCCCCUAUGGGGACUAUUCAAGUGUAAAAAAAAAUGUAAAAGUAAAAAAAAUUUGAAAAAUCCCCUCCCCCAAUAAAAAAUUAAACGUCCGUUUUUUCCUAUUUUACCCCCAAAAAGCGUAAAAAAUUUUUUUUUAUAGACAUAUUUGGUAUCGCCGCGUGCGUAAAUGUCCCAACUAUUAAAAUCAAAUGUUGAUGAUCCCGUACGGUGAACGGCGUGAACGGAAAAAAAAACAAAAGUCCAAAAUUCCUACUUUUAAUACAUUUUAUUAAAAAUUUUUUAUAAAAAAUGUAUUAAAAGUUUUUUUUACAUGCAAAUGUGGUAUCAAAAAAAAGUACAGAUCAUGGCGCAAAAAAUGAGCCCCCAUACCGCCGCUUAUACGGAAAAAUAAAAAAGUUAUAGGUCAUCAAAAUAAAGGGAUUAUAAACGUACUAAUUUGGUUAAAAAGUUUGUGAUUUUUUUUAACCGCGACAAUAAUAGAAAAGUAUGUAAUAAUGGGUAUCAUUUUAAUCGUAUUGACCCUCAGAAUGAAGAACACAUGUCAUUUUUACCAUAAAUUGUACGGUGUGAAAACGAAACCUUCCAAAAUUAGCAAAAUUGCGUUUUUCGUUUUAAUUUCCCCACAAAAAUAGUGUUUUUUGGUUGCGCCAUACAUUUUAUGAUAUAAUGAGUUAUUUCAUUACAAAGGACAACUGGUCGCGCAAAAAACAAGCCCUCAUACUAGUCUGUGGAUGAAAAUAUAAAAGAGUUAUGAUUUUUAGAAGGCGAGGAGGAAAAAAUGAAAACGUAAAAAUUAAAUUGUCUGUGUCCUUAAGGCCAAAAUGGGCUGAGUCCUUAAGGGGUUAAAAUAUUUAGUAAUAUUUGUAUUUUUAUUUAUUAUAUAUUUACAAUGAACAUUCAUAUAUUGCACAUAAGACAUAUGCUUCCUUGAUAGAUCUAGGUAAGAGGUUCUGUUCACACUGAAAAUGCCAGAUCCAUUUUUAGGGUACUUUCACACAGGCAGAUUUAUUCAAGGGUUUCUCAGUGCGUAUUUGAAAGGGGGGUGGGCUCUUCAUGGCUGUCCGCAGCAGAUUUUCCGCUGCGGAAAAUCCAAUGCAGACCCUAUUGACUUCAAUGGGGCUUGCAGCAUAUUCUACGCAGUGGAAAAUCUGCUGCGGACAGCCGCAAAGAGCCCGCCCCUUUACAAAUAUGCAUCAGGAAACCUGCAAAUAAAUCCGCCUGUGUGAACGUACCCUAAUGGUAUAUUACCUGCGAAAUAUCUGCAUCAUAUAUGCUGUGGAAAAUCCACAGCAGAUUUUGCUACUAUUGACUUCAAUGGGUCUGAAGGAAAAUCUGCAAAUCUGACCCAUUGAAGUCAAUGGUAGCAAAAUCCGCUGGUAAUUCCACAGGUAAUCUGCCAGUGUGAACCUUUCCCUAAACAGAUAAUAGUGAACUGCAACAGAAUCCAUGCAGUGAAUCAGGUAUGUUAGGGUUUUGUUUUUUUUUCCCAGUGUGAAGUGUCUUUAUAAAUUGUACACUCAAAAAUAAAAGGUAGGCAGUUAGAUUCAACCCCCCCCUUCCCCAGUUAGAUUGCCUGAUGGAGAUUCUUAGCGCAAAUGUAAAUGGAGCAAAAUUUACUAUUCAAACCUAUCUGACUGGACCACAUUGCAGUUAGCAAAGCCAUGAGCUCUGGGAAUUGACAACUGGUUCACCCGCACUUAACUCAAUUCACAAAGUGUAAACCUGAUUAAAACAAUAUAUUGCCUGGAUCAGUGGUCCCGUACCAGAGUUAUAGCCCCCCAUUGCUAAUAUGCUAAUGCCAUCCUUUGUGCAAGUGAGACGAGAGAUGGCUUUCUAAGUUUUUCCGCCUCUGUCCUCCUUGCUCACAUAACCUUUCUUACGUCAUGAAUAUGCAAAAGUAUUCACUUUACGCCAUAAUGACAUGAUAUCCUAUGACCAAAUGAACACACUGCUAUUUUAGCAGAGCACAGACGCCACUCCCAAGUCGGGUGUAGUGAAGAAGCAGCGCCUAUGUUCUGGUAGAAUAGCCGAGUGGACACGUGGGCAUAGGCUCUCAUGUCAUUAGGACAUAGAGUGUAGACUUAAGCAUAUUAAAGAGGUAGGAGAGCUUA